AUCAAACUAAUUUGAGAGCAAUAUAUCCUUGGUAGCUCCUAAACCUCUUACGCUAGCUUCAAUCAUAUAUAUAUAUUAUUCAACUAUAUUCCAAAGUAAAAUUUUACAAUUCAACUAAUAUACUAUAGCAACAUAUCAUGGAACCUCUACUAUUGGCCUUCACAUUAUUUCUUUCAUCACUCAUUUGCUACAUUAUUUUCCAGCCAAUUUUAAACCGUCAAAAAAACCUCCCUCCAUCUCCUCUAUUCAAACUUCCGAUCAUCGGCCACAUGCACAUGUUAGGUCCCCUUCUCCACCACUCCUUCGACCGCCUCUCCCAAAAAUACGGACCAAUAUUUUCACUUAACUUUGGUUCCGUCCUCUGCGUUGUUGCAUCCACUCCUCACUACGCAAAACAAAUCCUUCAAAUCAACGAACAUGCCUUUAAUUGUCGUAAUGAAUCAACUGCAAUUAAACGCCUCACCUACGAAGCAUCCCUAGCUUUUGCACCCUAUGGCGAAUAUUGGAGAUUUAUUAAAAAACUUAGUAUGAACGAACUUUUGGGCUCUCGUAGCAUUAGUAGCUUCCAACACUUGCGUUUACAAGAGACUCACAAUCUCCUUAAGUUUUUCGCUGAUAAAGCGAAAAACUACGAGGCUGUGAAUGUGACACAAGAGUUGCUAAAGUUAUCAAACAACGUCAUAUCUAAAAUGAUGUUGGGGGAAGCUGAGGAGGCUAGGGAUGUUGUGCGUGAUGUGACCGAGAUUUUUGGAGAGUUUAAUGUGUCGGAUUUUAUUUGGUUGUUUAAGAAACUUGAUUUGCAAGGGUUUGGGAAGAGGAUAGAGGAUUUGUUUAUGAGGUUUGAUACGUUGGUGGAAAGGAUUAUUACUAAGAGAGAAGAGUUGAGGAAGAACAAAGGAAGGAAAGAAAAUAAGGGUGAGCAAGGUGCUGAAUUCAGAGACUUUCUUGAUAUAUUGCUUGAUUGUGCUGAGGAUCAAAAUUCAGAAAUAAAAGUUCAAAGGGUUCACAUCAAGGCCUUGAUUAUGGAUUUUUUCACAGCAGGAACAGACACAACAUCAAUUUCAACAGAAUGGGCAUUAGUUGAGCUAAUGAACAACCCUUCAUUAUUACAAAAAGCUCGUGAAGAAAUAGACAAUAUAGUAGGGAAAAAUAGACUAGUAGAUGAAUCUGACGGUCCAAAUCUUCCUUAUAUUCAAGCCAUAAUAAAAGAAACAUUUCGUCUACACCCACCCGUCCCUAUGGUCACUAGAAGAUGUGUCACGCAAUGUAAAAUUGAAAAUUAUGUGAUCCCAGAAAAUAGUUUAAUAUUUGUCAAUAAUUGGGCUAUGGGAAGAAACCCAGCUUAUUGGGAGAAACCAUUGGAAUUUAAUCCAGAAAGGUUUCUAAAAAAUUCAGCAAAUUCCAAUGGGGUUAUUGACGUGAGGGGACAAAAUUUUCAGAUUUUGCCAUUUGGGUCAGGAAGAAGGAUGUGUCCUGGAGUUACUUUAGCAAUGCAAGAAGUUCCAGCUUUGCUUGGUGCUAUAAUUCAAUGCUUUGAUUUUAAUUUUGUGGGUCCCAAGGGUGAGAUUUUGAAGGGUCGUGAUAUUGUUAUUGAUGUGAAUGAAAGGCCAGGAUUGACUGCUCCUAGGGUCCAUGAUUUGGUUUGUGUUCCUGUUGAAAGGAUUGGCUGUGGUGGACCUCUUCAAAGCCUUGGAUACUGAUUGUUUCUUCAAAUUUUCAUUGGUUGACAAUGGAUUUAUUUGAAUAAAAGUAAUGAUGAUGUACUUGUUUUCUUUUAUGCCAUUUGAUUUGUUAUUUAGAAAUUUUAAUAAAUUCCACAAACGAACAUCUUAAGUU